AUGGCCGCUUUCGGCCAUGCGGCGCUCCUCACGCAGCUCUACCACCACACGGUGCUUCCACGCGACGUGCCGGAGCGAGAGGACAAGAACCUAUACCGGGCUGAGAGUGAGCUCGUAACCCGCUUGACUGAUGCGGUGAAGUCACUUGUGCCACACGCUCCUUUAGACGACCUGCCGUGCAUCGAUGCGGUGAGGCUCGCUCUCACAACAUGUGGAUCCAUCAACGUAGAAGGAAAGAUAGAUAAGACCUUACUCAUCAAGGCAUUACAACAGCUCGAAGCGAGGCAAGCCCUCAUCCUUCACGUCACAGGACAGAACGCCGCGUUGCUCAUUUAUCGACAUGCCAGCUCUGACGGCUCGAACUUCGUCGUGUUCGAGGCUUAUGAGACAUCAGCUACAUGUGAGCGAGUGCUUGCAUCCGAGAACGCAUUGCAGUGGGAUUUUCCCGGUCAAGCUCUAGCGAUACCUUACGACAUAAUGGCAGAGGAUGACUUUCAGCAAAGCCUCUGUACAUUUCUGGAGCAGGCCAGCAUCGAAUCCAUCAAGCAGUUCGCGGCAGUCACCUACAAGGCUUGCGCACCACAGCCAGAGAUUCGUGAUACCCCGGAGCCUACCCUUGUGACCGAGGCGCUCAUGGCUAUAUUGGAGGUGAAUGGCUCAGUUCACACCACGCCCCUCCUUCGCAAGCGUGUGCGUGACACCGUCUCAUUCGACAAAGCGUACAAACCUUGGCGCAGAUCCGCAUUCUACCUGACAGUACGCGUUGCCAUUCAGCGGCAUUUGUACAACCUCCUCGGCGCUGACGCAGGGCGGCUGUACUAUAAAGCAGUCAUCGCAAUCUUCCUGAUGCAGUUGCUCAACGACGGUCUAUACGCCAUCUCGAACGACGCAUCACAUGCUAUUCUCCAAAAGCUUGGUCGUCGCCUGGCCAAGUUGGAGCUUGAUUACGACCGUGGCUCUGAAACAUACAAGGACCUUCAUCGCCAAAUAUUCCUGGCCCAAAUUCUCAAUCAUGCGAUGUACUUCCGAUUCAGCACUGCCAUGACUGAGAUUCGAUCUCCAGCAGAUCUGUUGGGACAUUAUGAAAGCAGCACAGCUCUUAAGCCCUUCGUUGCAGUCAUGCACCGCUACCUCGAUAUUUUCGCCUACGAAGACUGCUUAGCGAACGCUGACCUAGGCGAUGACCUGGGCGAUGACCCAAGCGACUAUGAUAGCUGCACAUCGCUUGCACGCAAAAUUGAGACGUACAUAUCGAAGAUCGGGGCUGCAUAUUCGGACUAUCCAGGAGUUCUUGAGCCGCCAACUUUUGAAGGUUCUGGAACUAUGGAUGGCCUAUGGAUAUCCAUGCUCAAUGUUUUCCAGCUGGCUACCCUAGAAGAGUUCAGACGUAUUCGCGACGUACAGCUCUACAUCAGCAAGCGUUGUCGAGGCUGUUGCAGGCAGGGAGCCAGGACUAUCUUCGAGACACCGACCAAGGAUUGUUUCGCCGUCCGCUAUUAUGACGAGUCAAUCGACGCAGCAUCGCUCUUGGAGCUACGUACUGAGAUUGAAGAAGAUGCUGAAAUAGAGCUUGCUGCAAAAGAAGAAGAAUGGCAAGACAAGAGUGCUGUUCACGAAUCCAAGAUCCGAGAAAUGGCUGGCCUGUCCUGUGUGUACGUUACAGAAGUAGACGAGCACGGGAAUGAGCGACAAGUGCACAAGAAAGGCUGUCGCAAGCACAGACUGAAAUGGGAAGCCAAACAGAUGAUGAUCGAGAUCCUCGAACAUCCGUUGCCCAAGUCCGAACCAGCCCUCAAAGCGGUGGUAUUCGAACUCAUGUGUCCCGAGACCUUUGCUGCAUAUCGCGACGCAACGUGGUCGAUACUCUCUGCGUUUGCCUUCUCCCAUAAGGCUCCGUUAGACGCGACACCUGAAGUGGACGGUGCCCCGCCUCUCCGAUCGUAUCCAGGGCUGGAGAGCUACGCCAACGACAUCAUCUCCAGAGUGACUUUGGCGUCCUCCACAAAGUCGCACUUGCAAUCCCACUACGCCAAGUCGGGAUUCCCAGUCACUUUUCGAGAUAUCUGUCGAUCGUUUGGUCUCAAGCUGGACUACUACGACAGUUUGGCGCAAGUCUUCACGAGUAGUUCAGAUCAGCCGUCAUUUGCUCAUCUGUUCCCGCUGAAGAUACCCCCAAACUCGCCAUUUGCAUCCUUUGAUGAGAUGUUUGACAAGUGGCCUUCGUCAAACAGGGUGCUGGCAACACAGACUCGAUGUCCCCCGGAGGUCAAUGUUCACGAAUACAUGGCUUGGCAAGGCUUGCUACUUGGCACAAAUCUGCGAUGGCCGUCUCUGCUGCGGGAAAUGGGCUCUUCCAACCUGAGCUUUUCCACUGAAUCUACUUGGGCUGCCAUAUCUCGUCUCGUUCUUCAGGCUGGACCAGCAAGCUCUGAUGAUGCCUUGAGGGACAUUCAUUCUGCUUUACACGAUGGCAAAUUCUGUUCUCAAUUACUUGAUCAGAUCGAUUACCGCCUAGAAGCGAUCCGGAAGAACUGGCGGGAGUCAGUGCAGCUGGAUAUCCUCAUAACCAUAAUGCUGAAAGUCUUAUCAUGCGCUCCUGUUAACAGCAUCCGUUCAAUAGUCUUGCAACUAUUGUCUAAAUCGCGCGAGAUCACACAGGCUUGGUGUGCCAGCCUUCGAUCUACUGAACACGAACACGGAGCUGGACCAUCUAUCUUCGCGACAUGGGCAGCAGUGCUAUGCAAACGCACUUUUUACCCAACGUUAAGUGCACACGAUAUACCGCGUGAGCUUGUGAUAGAGUUCAUCAUCGCUUCCAUCACGCUGCAGAACUGUCUUGCAGGCAGCUUUGAUACCUUGCCAUACAACCUCAGGAAUGCUGUUUUGAGGGAUCUCACAUCUGUACACAGUAUCCGUGCACGAAUCGGAAACGUCAUACGCAGUGAGCAGCCAUUGUUAGAUUCGCUUAGAGCGUUUUGGCCGAUCCCAACAGACUGUGAGGAGCACCCUAUCACCAUCCUCCAUUACGAGGAUUCGGCGUGGAUCCUCAUGACAUUGUCCACGAGCGUCGGAGUACAGCAUCAUGUCCACUAUAACUUUGUCGAAGGCACACUUCUGAUCAAUGGGCAGGCCCUGGGGAUUCUGCCUGCCGAGUACCGACGCUGGCCCAUCAUUCAAGAGCUAUUCGGCUCCCAGGGACUGAGGAUGUUCCCGUCGUCAUUACCAGGCAUGUCACUCGUCGUCGACCGUUUAAUGCCAUGUGGGCAUUGGGUGCAUCUUGGCUUUCGUAACAAACAGCUAGUCAUUCGUGCGACACUCCGAGGCAGUGCUACAAACCGACAAACCGUGCUAGAGCUCAUAUCGCGAAAUAUUUUUGGUGAUCGUUUCCACUUUGAUCUGCCAGCGACCCUCGUUAUCGACUGCUAUCAUUGGCUAGACCUGAAUACGGGCAUUAUCGAGAUUCGUCAAUUGGACCCAUGGAAAUCAAAAAGAGGUAACUGGCGCCUGAACCUUGGCACCAGGCAGGCCACACGUAACAAUGGCUCUACAUUGGUGGAUCCUAACAGCGAUUUGGCGAAAAAGGUCAUGCAGAACUUCCACUUCUUCGAGUUCCCACAUAACAUCACCGUUUAUCAGCCAAAACGGGGCAGGGUGCGAGUGGAAUUGAAACGUCUAGAACUGGACUUUGUUGUCAAUCACGUCGGCUUGCUGCAAUGUCCACAACUUGGAGCUGUGAUUACUGAAACACCAUUGCAAGAUGUCGGAACUUGGUAUGGAUUGAAGAGCAAAUUGGUUGUACGGUCCAUAAAAGACCCUACGCAACGCAGCAUUCUCAUACCUCUAGGAGAGCAGACGAUCGAGCGCGAAGGCCCUCAUGUAUCCAUCGUAGUCAGGAAUAAGGGUAGCUAUCUCAAGUUUAACGUCAACAACGUGCUUGGGAGGAUCGAUUGUCCUGCCGAGCCGGUGAUGCUAUACUACCGGGCUUUGUGGCAUGCAAUGACAACAUACGUUGUGCCAGAUACACUUACGAAACGCACUGGUAUCGAAGAAGCACUGCAGUAUCUUCAGUCUGGCGCAUAUCAACCAUGGACACCACUAUCUUCAAGCGCAUGCGAUGUUCUCCACACCAUCUCCGCAUUAUCCCCUUCACGAGCGUAUUAUCCGUCGACGUUGAAAGCAAUGGAGACUGUCCGAUGGCGUUCUGAGUUGACAGUCGUCAUACAGGAUGACAGAUACCGACGUGUCGUAGCAACAAUUCUGGCGAGGAAUAUGGAACUUGCACGUUUUUCACCCACCGCUCAUUGCUGCGAGGCGCCGCUGUGUGCAGAUGGCAAUUCGCAUUUGGAGAAUCGAUCAAUACUCCGGAAUACCACGAACGGAUCCAAGCAUGAUACUGUCUACAAAGCGAGGGAUCGCCCAUUGUACGGACGAGAACGCUCCAACGCUAUGGACAUGGCAAGUUUGCUUUUCAAGUGGCCUGUCCAGGUCCCUAAUACCAAUGACCUAGCGUCUCUACUUGAAGCCUCGCCAAUCAUUAGUGGCUACACGCGAUCAUUCGACAAGAUACAGCUCACCGAUAUCCUCCACACAGAUGUUGGAUUAGAGUGGGGAGCUCUGGUCAAGACAGCCUUGGGGCUGUCCCGCGAUCAUCGAUUCGAGUUGACCUUCCUGUUCUCGUUGCUCGCCUUUACACCAGAUGCAAACAUGGACCUUUUGCGUGCCAUAGUUUCAUUUGCGAUCAUACCCGAUAUGAAAGACUUGUCGCUCCCAGGGGCUAUCGUGUACAGCCGAUUCAAGUUCGAGGAGUUACCAGAUGUGGAUCAUCUCGCCGCGCUUCUCAAACCAGCCAUUAAUUCAUACGUGGCUGACGAGAGUACAUCCACAGGCCAGUUGUUGAUGCGCCAGUUCGAUCACGACAAAGAAGCUAAUGGGGCUUGCAAGAAGAUCGCAAAAUCUAUUCUCGCGCAGUGGCCUUCAAAGAUCCUUGAUCUGGACCAAGUAGUCACUGUGAAAGACUCACUGUUGGACCGAGAAGAGGCCUUGGACUUGAUAUUACAUUCUUGGGAAAGGCUUGUUGACAACUUCCUUUUCAGUCUACACAUUGAGGAGUUGCAACUUGCACUUUCCCGGCAUUCUGUAGAAGCCUGUGUUCUGGCAUCACAGCCCAUCGUUUUGGCAGAACAGCGACCAAGCUAUUAUCCCUUUCCGAUGAGAGGUGGUGAUUUGCCCACUAUACAGGACAUCUUGGAGAAAAACAUUACUCAGAUGCAUGGUCUGAGUAUGAAACCGUCUGUGGGACCUGGUCCACGAAUCCUGGUCGACAUCCCCAACGGCAACGCGAAUACUCCGGGGAGAACCAUGACUUCUGCUCCUCCGAAUCACGCAAAAGGCGCUAGGAAGCAAUUUGUGCCAGAUCAUAUACGAGAGCUUAGCAAGAUCAUCGGACCCUUCCGCGCUAGUCCAUCUUUGAUACACAGACGCUAUGGAGAUGAACUUGACCACAGUAUCGAAGCAUUGGCCAAACACCUUGCUAAGCCCGAGUCUACCCAAGAACCUUUCAACCCCACUAAGCUAUCGAACGACCUAUUUGCCGCAAGGGAAUCUGUGCGUAUAAUUCAUGAGCAGCUCCGGCAUGCGUUCUCGAAAGGAGACUCGCGUGCGAAAUGGCUAAGUAUGGUCGGGUUGUGGCCAAGCAUGAGUCCGGUCACUCUGCUCACAGAGCUACGCACAACCUCAGGAGUGAGCUUCGGUGCAGGCGUAAAGGCAGCUUUGGUCAACUUCGGCGUCGCCAUCACUCAGUAUCAGCGUCUACUACGACUUCAGGACGCCACGCAAAAAGAACGCCGGCAGCAAGUGGAUGAUGAGCGCAGCAACCCUGGUCAUACAAAUUGGUCUCCUUUCGAAAUGGCUGAUUGGCUUCUACUUGAGAUUGAGAGCAAUAUCAUGAUUCGCCCAGAACAGGUGGAUGUGGCGUUGGGGACCAUCGCGCCCGCAUCUCGUCAAAACUCUGUGCUUCAGCUCUUGAUGGGCAAGGGUAAGACAUCCUGUAUCCUACCCAUGGUAGCUCUGGUACUUUCAAACGAAAACCUUUUUCGAGUCAUCCUGCCCAGGCCUCUCCUCCUGCAAUCUGCACAGAUCAUGCAAGCUAAGCUGGGUGGGAUACUGAAUCGUGAAGUAAUACACCUUCCGUUCUCUCGCAGGACACCAACAGGAAAACCUCUGAUGCAGGCCUACUGUCAAUUGCACAGCUACAUUCAAAAGCAAAAGGGCGUUGUUCUGGCUCUUCCUGAACACAUCCUAUCCUUCAAACUCAGUGGCCUGCAACGAUUGUGUGACGGAAAGGUUGAGGAAGCAACGAUGAUGAUCAAGGCCCAAGCCUGGCUUGACCGACAUGCGAGGGAUGUACUUGAUGAGUGCGAUGUUUCGCUUGCGAUUCGAACACAACUCAUAUACCCCUCUGGCUCGCAGCAGACAGUUGAUGGCCACCCACUUCGAUGGCAGACCAUACAGGCUCUCUUGAGUUUGAUCGUUACAUAUCUGAAUGAUCUCUCGAAGCGUUAUCCACACAGUAUUGAAGUGGUCAAGAGGACAGGCUUUCCACUUAUCUACUUCUUGCGGCCCGACGUGGAAAAUCACCUCACGGAUCAACUCGUGCAGUCAAUUUGCACAGGCCAGACGGAAAUUCUUCCAGUCCGCGCGUACUCCACGUCAUCUCAACAAGACAUACAAAAGUUCAUAUCUGAGCCUUUACUGGACGUUGACGUAACGACGCGCGUACUCGAAAUGUUCGUCGAGGAUCGCCACCUCGUCAACGUGGUGUACCAUUUGCGAGGCUUGUUCGUUCAUCGCAUCCUAAUGUCCACACUGAAGAAGCGAUGGAAUGUGCAGUAUGGCCUCCAUCCAAGCCGCGAUCCAAUCGCAGUCCCAUACCAAGCAAAAGGUGUACCAUCUCCUAGUGCUGAAUGGGGCCACCCCGAUGUCGCCAUAAUUUUGACAUGUCUGUCAUUUUACUACGACGGUCUCAGCUUGAACCAAUUCAAGCAAGCUAUUGAACAUUUAGCAAAAUCUGAUGAACCCAGCAUCGAAUACAGUCUAUGGGUCGCUGACGGAGUCCCAGAAGGCUUCAAGAACUACAACGCGGUGAAUGUGGAAGAUGUUCAUCAGCUGCGGGAGUUGCACCGCCAUGUCAAGGUGUCUUUACUUGACUUCUACCUAAACAGCUUCGUGUUCCCACAACAUGCGAAGCAGUUCAGUCGGAGGUUGUCUGCUUCAGGCUCAGAUCUUGUUGUGUACGACCCGAAUAGCCCAGCUUGUCGUGUUUCCGGAUUCUCUGGCACCAACGAUACGAGACAUCAACUUCCAAUGACCAUCAAGCAGAACGAUCUACCUCAGCUUGCGCAUACGAAUGCUGAGGUCCUAGCUUAUCUUCUAGAGGAGCGCAACCGCCACUACAUUCGCAUGGUCGACGUAUACAAUAAGCGAUUAAACGAGGAUGGUUUCUUGAGAAAGCUCUUGAAUCCAUAUGCAAAGCCGAAUGCACAGAACGGGCGGCCCAUCGUCGCUGAGCGAAUUCGCAUCCUCAUCGAUGCAGGCGCGCAGAUUCUAGAACACGACAAUCGCUCCCUUGCCAAAGCUUGGCUGAAAGAAGACCACGAGGCCGCUGCAGCAGUCUACUUCGAUGAAGGGCAUCGUGCAAGGGUUGUUUAUGGCAAGGGCACGGAUGUGCCGCUUGUCGCUUCACCUUUUGCUGAAAACCUUGAAGAUUGCCUGGUCUACAUUGACGAGAGCCAUUGCCGUGGCACUGACCUAAAGCUUCCUCCUAAUGCUAGGGCCGCGGUAACCCUCGGGCCACAUCUCACCAAGGAUGCGCUGGUCCAAGCCGCGAUGAGACUACGACUGCUCGGGAAAACACAGUCUGUGACGUUCUUCUCGCCGCCUGAGGUCCACCAGAGCAUCUUGGAUCUUCGACUCGCUGCACAGGGAGGCACGCAGAAAUCGCUGAGUUCUGCUGAUGUGAUUCGUUGGCUCUUCGAACAAACGUGCACAGGUAUCGAGCAGCUUGAGCCACUGUACUUCAAUCAAGCUCUCAACUAUCUGCAACGCACCCAGGCCAGACUGGAGCACUCGGACUUCUUGGAAGACCCAGAGUCACGCGAGGCCUAUCUGGCGGUCGUACGAUCGAAGGAGCUACAAUCACUCGAGCAACUCUAUGAGCCAAGACAUCAACAUCGGGGGCCCACGAUCAAAACUUCCGAUUUUGCACCAUGCCUCCGUACGUUCGUCGGCGAAGUCUUGAAACGUAGGAAAGGCUUUCAAGAUCGGGGAUUUGCCGUUCACUCUUCCGCUCUCGAGGAAGUUGAGCAAGAGCGGGAGAUGGAGUUUGAAGUUGAGGCCGUUCGCGAAGUUCAACCUCCCAUUCACUUCAAAGCCUUGAAGACAACCAGGCUACACCGUGACAUCGAGGAGUUGGCUCUGACAGGCCAGAUGCCAGCAGGAAGCGAUGCUUUUCAGCCAAUGUUCUACGCCUUACAGAAGACUGCAGUGGGACUGAGACAUGGUACGAUCGCAGCGGCGAGUAGAGCGACUCGCCUCUUUGUGUCAACACAAUUCAUUCGCACUGUGAGCGUCAACGAGCCUAACGACGGCUUCCUGCGUCCCUGCCAUUGGCUAUUGUGGUGCUGCACAAGCGAGAUCGGUCUGCUGGUUAGUCCUGAAGAAGCUGAUGCUCUGAUACCCAUUUUGCGUCACGUCAGUGAGCCAUUCUGCCACAUUAUUGUGUACUCGCCUCCGAUCACACGCAGGAUGCUCCAAUUUGGAGGGCUCAGCUAUUACGCCAUUCCGAGCCUCCCGGCCACUUUUAAAGCACCACUAUGGCUGAAAGUUGAACUCGGCAUCUUCGCUGGACGACUCUAUUUUGACUGGGAUGAGUGUGAAGAGAUUACGCUGUACCUUGGUAUACAAUCUGAAUUGGGAGACGUGCAUUUUAGUCAUAGAGAAACCUUUGCGACGAAGCCAUCAGCGUUCCUUCACGAGUGGCUCGCGAUCCGUCGGAGGGGUCAGGACUUCGAACAUACCCCGAUGGGCUACAUCACGACUGGAAAGCCACUCUCAGAGGACCAUCCCUUCUUUCGAACCAGUACAAAUGACAAGAACACCGACACUGAUUUCGAUAUCUCUCGCACACAGGUUACUCCUGUCGAGGAGGAAGAUGAUGACGAUGAGUCUGACGACGGUAACGAUCAUGCGAAGGAGCAUCUGUUUCAGACAAGCAUGGAUGAUGGAGACUCUGAUGUCUUCCACGAUGCCGUAGAAGCAGUGGAGGAGAACGGGGAGAGUACUUUCUUCAAAGGAAAGGCGUAUGUGGAUGCGGAAGACGAGGUUGAGAAAGAGAAGAGGAAAGCCGAAGAUCUCGGCCUAGAAGAGAAGAUGCGGAUCAUCAAACGCAUGGUCUCCGAGACUGAUUCCGGAGGAAGCUUCGAAGCUGGAACUAGUCUUCAUAUGUCCGAGCACAGUCUCCGAGACCAGCAGGAUAGGGCGCACGCAUCACGUCUAGAGGCAGAGGCCGGGCAGAUUGAGGCUGAGGCAGCGAGUAUGCGAGCUAAGGCUGCGAAAUUGAGAGCCGAUGCGGCAGGCAUUCGAGCCGAUCUGGAGGGUCGCCAGCUCACUCGAUCGCUACGUGCCGCCUGUGCCUCGCUCGAGGUUCAAUUCCCUUGGGAAUUUGGAGACGAAGUAGAAGACUACAGUGAUGCUCACAGCAAACUCGAACUUGCCAGACAACUCGAAGACGAGUUGAAUGACCCCGAAGGGGAAUGGAUGACACUCUCAGCAAAGAUCAGUAUGCAGAAGCGCUCGAGCGCAUGGAUUAGAAUGAUAGCGGAUAGCGCUUACAAAGCCGGCCGCAUCGCGGGAGAAGAUUACUUGUACUGGACUGCCAUUCUCGGACCGCAGCACCAUCUCCGGAAAGCCUACGACACCCUCGCAAAUACACAUCGGCAAUGCGCCGCGACAGAGAAGACUCACGCCGAGUCCCUCCAAGAGUGCGAAGCUGCACACGAACAAUGCUCUAGCAUUAUUUCGACUCUGCAAGAUGAGGUCGCCCAGCUUGGUGCGACCGCAAAAGAGCACAACGCGUGCAAUGGGAGAAUAGAGCUCUUGUCCGAGCAACUGCGCCGUUCCGAUAUCAUUGUAAAAAGGCAUAGUGCAUGCAGCGGAGAGAUGGACGUCUUGACCAACAACGCCCGCGACGUCGAAAAGAAGCACAAGAAGUGUGUCGAGAAUAUUGCGUCUCUAACUUUGAAGCUCGGCAAGGCCGAUAUCAUCGCGAAAAAGCAUGAUGGAUGCAGGGAAAGUAUAGACACAUUGAACUACAAAGUCCGCGACCUCGAACUGAUCGCAGAGGAGCACAAGAAGUGUGCCGGGAAGACCAAGUCUCUGACUGAAGAUCUCGAGCAGGCCAGCAAAGUCGCAGAGAAGCACAAAGACUGUGAAAGCAAGCUCAAGGCAUCCGAACAGCGUUCAGUAGAUCAUCAAGACUAUAUGCAGGCUAUCAGUGAUCUCAAGGCGCGAAUCCAGCAACUGGAAUCUCCCAAAAAGACUGCUCAGCAGAUCAGCCAAGGAAACGACAGACCUGACGUAAACAACGACAAAGCUCGCAUCGAAGUCCUGGAGCAACAACUUGCCAAGAUCGAAGCCGAUUUCAAAGACAUUUCCCGUAGGCUGAGAACAUGGACAUGUGCUGAUAUGAAACCACAUAGCCUCAAGGGCGACCGGAAGGCUACGUUCAUGGACUUUGUUAGAGAAGUGGUGGUUGGUCUCGACAUCUUGACCAAAAAGUACCACAACACCAUAGACGAAAUAGACAAGGCCACGGUCGCAGUGGGCGAAUUGAAGGAUGAUAUAGAGGCUCUCACGACAGAGCGAGAUUCAUGGAGGGUGGACUGCAUGGAACUCUUGGAGAAGGCGCAACUUGCGCAGAAAUCGCAUGACGCGAAGGAGCGUGCGCUUGCGCAACAGCUGACCGACCAGGACCUUUUGAUUGCAGAACUUCAACUUCUCCUAGCGGAAGCUGGACUAGAUUUAGCUGAGUAG